AAAUCAAAAUCCCCAAAUCGAGCAAGCUCCCGAAAUCCCCAAAUCAAAGAACUCCGAGCCCAGAAAUCCUUCGUAAUCGAAAUCCGUCGGCAUUUGUCCUUCAUCUUCUUUGGUCUGUCGAUUUCGGAAUCUCUUCCCGGAAUUGCCAACCUGCUCGAUCCGAAUUUCUCUUCUGUUUUUUAUUUUUUCACUCGGCUCGUGUUCACACGUGCGACAUCGGCUGUUCACCGACUUCGUUGCCCAACUUCUCUUCGUCAUCUCGCUCAAUCGAUCAGCGUAAUCGCCGAUCAGCAAUUUGUGUCUUCAACUCGGAUAGUUCGCGGUGCUUAAUCGUAUGUGCGCUAUUCUGGUGAUCCUAUACUGACCUCAUCUGAAGAAUCAUUGAAAUGAGCUUUGGAUGUUUUGACUGUUCGAGGACAGUAAAGUUAUGCAGUGCUUGUUAGUGUCAGUUACAAGAAGAACUGGGAGAAGGAGGCGGAGAUUGAAGAGGUAACAUGAAUGUUCAGGCUCAUAUGUCGGGACAGAUAUCUGGGCAGGUUCCGAAUCAGGGGACAAUGGCCCAGCAGAAUGGGAACUCCCAAAUGCAGAAUUUAGCUGGGGGUGCUGGUGUUGGUGUUGGUGCUGGUCCUGCCGGUGGCGGUGUCGGGCCUUCACGUAGCACUGUUGUUCCCAUGGACCAUGAAAUUUUGAAACUUCGACAGUACAUGCGAAGCAAGAUCUUCAACAUUCUACAGCAACGACAGCCAUCUCCAGCUGAUGAUGCAUCGAAGGCGAAGUAUAUGGAUGUUGCUAGACGGCUAGAGGAGGGGCUGUUUAAGAUGGCUGUCACAAAGGAGGAUUACAUGAACCCACAAACCCUAGAAUCUCGGCUGACAAGCCUAAUCAAAGGCAGACAGUUGAAUAACUACACUCAGCGACAUGCUAAUUUUUCUUCUUCGGUUGGAACAAUGAUACCUACUCCUGGAUUACCACACAGUGGGGGGAAUCCGAAUAUGAUGGCUACUUCAUCUGUGGAUACUAACUUGGUUGGAAAUAACAACAUUGCAACAUCAGCUAUGAACACUGGAAGUCUAUUAGCUGCUAGCGGCAUGCAUGGAGGUAAUCUGUCUAAUGGAUACCAGCAGUCAUCAGGCAACUUUGCUCUUGGUUCUAGUGGGAAUAUUGCAUCGAUGGGUGUGCAAAGAAUGUCUAGCCAGAUGAUACCUACCCCAGGAUUCGUCAACAACAGUGGUAAUAACAAUAGCAACGGUAGUGGGCAGUCUUACAUGAAUGUUGAAACUCCCAACAACAAUGGUGGUUUUUCUGCUGUUGAGUCUACUAUGGUGCCUCAACCGCAGCAGCAGCAGCAACAAAGACAGCAAAUUGGUGGUCAGAAUAGCCGUAUGUUGCACAACCUCGGGAGUCAAAUGGGUGCUAGCUUUAGGCCUGGCAUGCAACAAAAGCCGCCUGGUGUGGCGAAUAACUCCUUAAAUGGUGUUAUGGGGAUGAAUUCAAAAAGUGUAGAUUCAGGUCCAUCUUUCACUAACCCCCCCAGAAGUAUACAUCAGGCUUUUGAUAACCUUCAACGCUCGGGAGUGCAAGUUGAAGGAUAUGGCACAACCAACCCUGACCCUUUUGGAUCGGGAAAUUUCUAUGGAGCUGUAUCAUCUGCGGGGACAAUGACAAAUGUUCAGAACAUCAAUACAUCAAAUUUGCAGUCUGUGUCCAAAACCAAUUCUUCACUGUCACAUCAACAGCAACAAUUUCAUCACCAGCCUAAUCGAUUUCAGCAACAGUCUAAUCAGUUUCAACAACAGCAACAGCAAUUUCUUCAUCAACGCCAACUGAAGCAGCAGAGCCAGCAACAAAGAUUUGUGAGCAAUGAUGUUUCUGGGCAGCCUCAGGUGGCUUCUGGCCUGGUUACUCAUGUGAAACAUGAACCAGGGAUGGAAAACCCGAGUGAAGUUAUGCACUCGCAAGCAUCUGAGCAGUUCCAACUAUCUCAGUUCCAAAACCAGUUUCAGAAUUCUAUGGAAGAUUGUCCUGCUGGUGCUCAGCUUCUCUCUGUUCCAGCUAGUCAGAAUGAUAUUUGCUCAUCACUUCCUCAAAGUACUCAACAGAUUCAGCAGAUGUUGCGUCCACAGAAUAUGGGCUCAGACUCUAUUAACAAUUUUAGCAACCUCUCUGUCCAACCGAAGUCAGAAUCAGGUAUGCGGGGCCAGUGGCAUUCCCAGUCACAGGAAAAUAAUCAGAUGUCUUGUAGCAUGUCAAAUGAACGGUACAUUCAGGAGGAUUUCUGUCAGAGAAUGUCCGGAAUGGAUGAAGCUCAACCCAAUAAUCUGUCUUCAGAAGGAUCUAUUAUUGGUCAAAAUCAUAUUUCUGGUCCGACAUCUGGAUCUCAUAACCCACAAAAUCCUAUUAGUUCCACAUGUAGAUACGGAACCAUAAAUCAAGAUCCCAGGUUUAGAAACCAACAGAGAUGGCUCCUGUUUCUGCGUCAUGCACGCUCCUGCAAAGCGCCUGAAGGGAAGUGCCCAGAUCCGAACUGCAUCAUUGUUCAGAAUUUGUGGAUACACAUGAAAAAUUGUAAUGUACCUCAAUGUCAGUAUCCCCGUUGCCGUGCCUCGAAGACAUUGAUUAAUCACCAUAAGAAUUGCAAGGACUCACAGUGCCCUGUCUGUGUUCCUGUGAAUGCCUACUUCCAGCAACAGGCAAAUGCACGUGCCCUUGCCCGUUUAAGAAAUGAAAACAGUGCAGAAAUUACAGUGAAUGGAGCUGGAAUAUCAAAUGAUUCAGGUGGAUCAAUUUCUGGUCCUUCACCUAGUGCUAGUAUAUCAGACAAUUUGCAACCUUCAAUGAAACGGUUGAAGGUGGAGCAGUCUUCUCAAGCAGUUGUUACGGAGGUGAAAAAUUGCAAAAGCUCAGUUGUAUCAGUAAGAGAAGUACAAUCAUCGCAGGAGGCUGAAAGGAAGGAUUUCAGGCCCAGCGAUGUUGGUGAACCGUCAAAGCCUGAGAGCUUGGAAGUGAAAGUUGAAGUUCCUGAUGUUUCUGGUCAAGCAGGAUUUGGUUUCAAAGAGUCAAAAAGUGAUAUCGCUGAUAAUAUGCGUAAGCAAAGGCUUGUUAGUGAACCUGUUAAACAUGACAAGUUUGGUGGCUCGCCAAAGCAAGAAGUUAGCAAAAUUGAGAAGGUAACUGAAGCACCUAAGAAAGAAAAUUUGGUAGAGUCUCCGGAACCUGCAUCCAAGUCUGGAAAACCAAAGAUAAAGGGGGUUUCACUAACUGAAUUGUUCACUCCGGAGCAAGUGAGGGGACAUAUUCGAGGUCUUCGACAGUGGGUUGGCCAGAGUAAAGCCAAAGCUGAAAAGAAUCAAGCAAUGGAGCACUCGAUGAGUGAAAAUUCCUGCCAAUUAUGUGCUGUGGAGAAGCUUACGUUUGAGCCACCGCCUAUUUACUGUACCCCUUGCGGUGGCCGCAUCAAAAGAAAUGCAAUGUACUACACUGUCGGAGCUGGUGACACUCGUCAUUACUUUUGUAUUCCCUGUUAUAAUGAUUCCCGUGGAGACACCAUACUCGCGGAAGGGACUGCUAUACCUAAAGCUAGACUUGAGAAAAAGAAAAAUGACGAAGAGACUGAAGAAUGGUGGGUCCAAUGUGAUAAAUGUGAAGCUUGGCAGCAUCAAAUUUGUGCUUUGUUUAAUGGGCGGCGGAAUGAUGGGGGGCAAGCUGAGUAUACUUGCCCUUACUGCUAUAUUGCAGAGGUGGAGAGAGGUGAGAGAAAGCCUUUACCUCAGAGCGCUGUUCUUGGAGCGAAAGACCUACCAAGAACAAUACUCAGUGACCAUAUAGAGCAGCGGUUAUUUAGGAGGUUAAAGCAUGAAAGAAUGGAGAGAGCCAGGGUCCAAGGAAAAAGCUAUGAUGAGAUUCCUACUGCUGAAGCUCUUGUGGUUAGAGUUGUUUCAUCUGUUGACAAGAAGCUGGAAGUCAAACCCCGUUUCCUUGACAUUUUUCGGGAAGAUAAUUGUCCGACAGAAUUUCCGUACAAGUCCAAGGUAGUUCUGUUGUUCCAGAAGAUUGAAGGUGUAGAAGUAUGCUUAUUUGGAAUGUAUGUCCAAGAAUUUGGAUCUGAAGCUUUGUUCCCAAAUCAACGCCGUGUUUAUCUCUCGUAUUUGGACUCUGUAAAGUACUUCAGACCCGAGGUUAAAGCUGUCAGUGGAGAGGCGCUACGUACCUUUGUUUACCAUGAAAUUCUGAUAGGAUACCUCGAAUACUGCAAGUUACGUGGUUUCACCAGCUGCUACAUAUGGGCUUGUCCGCCGUUGAAGGGUGAGGAUUACAUCCUAUAUUGUCAUCCAGAAAUUCAGAAGACACCAAAGUCAGACAAACUAAGAGAGUGGUACUUAGCAAUGUUAAGGAAAGCUGCAAAGGAGAGCAUUGUAGUGGAAACUACAAAUCUAUAUGAUCAUUUUUUCAUUCAAACUGGUGAAUGUAGAGCUAAGGUGACAGCAGCUAGGCUUCCAUAUUUUGACGGUGACUACUGGCCUGGUGCCGCAGAGGAUCUUAUAUACCAAAUGAGCCAAGAAGAAGAUGGCAGAAAGGGUAAUAAGAAAGGAACACUUAAGAAAACCAUCACAAAAAGGGCUCUAAAAGCAUCUGGGCAGUCUGAUCUUUCUGGAAAUGCGUCCAAGGAUCUGCUGCUAAUGCAUAAACUUGGUGAGACCAUUCACCCGAUGAAGGAAGAUUUUAUCAUGGUUCACUUGCAGCAUUGUUGUACUCAUUGUUGUAUACUGAUGGUAUCUGGAAAUCGUUGGGUCUGCAGCCAGUGCAAAAAUUUCCAGAUAUGCGAUAAGUGCUAUGAGGUGGAACAAAAGCGCGAGGACAGAGAAAGGCAUCCUACUAAUCAUAAAGAUAAACACACACUGUAUCCUUUUGAGAUUACCGAUGUUAAUGCAGAUACCAAGGACAAAGAUGAGAUACUCGAAAGCGAAUUUUUCGAUACAAGGCAAGCAUUCCUGAGUCUCUGCCAAGGAAACCAUUAUCAGUACGACACGUUGAGGCGGGCAAAACAUUCAUCGAUGAUGGUGCUUUAUCAUCUACAUAACCCAACUGCUCCUGCCUUUGUCACAACAUGCAAUGUAUGUCACCUCGACAUCGAAACCGGUCAAGGCUGGAGAUGUGAAGUUUGUCCUGACUAUGAUGUGUGUAACUCUUGUUACAACAAAGAUGGUGGAAUUAGUCAUCCUCAUAAGCUGACAAACCAUCCAUCUCUAGCUGAUCAAAACGCUCAGAACAAAGAAGCCAGACAACUGCGUGUCUUGCAGCUAAGGAAAAUGCUCGAUCUUCUGGUACAUGCCUCACAAUGCCGUUCCCCUCAUUGUCAAUACCCGAAUUGCCGAAAGGUGAAGGGGCUAUUCCGCCAUGGUAUACAAUGCAAAGUCCGUGCUUCAGGAGGCUGUGUACUUUGCAAGAAAAUGUGGUAUCUCCUUCAACUCCAUGCUCGGGCCUGCAAAGAGUCCGAGUGUCAUGUACCACGUUGCAGAGAUCUGAAGGAGCAUCUGAGAAGGCUGCAGCAGCAAUCAGAUUCACGGCGAAGAGCUGCCGUGAUGGAGAUGAUGAGACAACGAGCUGCAGAAGUGGCUGGAAACUCCAGCUGAGAUCGCUUUGUACAUACCAUUUUUCACUUUGUAUCGAGACAAGAACGCAUAUCUAUUCUUUUCCGAGCGCCAGCCACCGAGGUCAUUCAUUCUCCUUGGAGGAAGGAGGAAUGCUGGCCAGCUACACGGGAUAAAAC